GGAGAUUCAGUUCUAUCUAUUCUAGUCAGCUGAACAUCACAGUUGUUGAGUAUCUGAAAUUAUGUCGCAAGUCAAGAAACAACCCAUCGUCCAGGACGUGCAAGAGUCUGCCAAGAGGCAGGUCUCCGAGGUCGUCAGGGUCGGCGAGGAUGCCGUGACGAGCGGAGCUUGGAUGUACCCUAUUCAGGGGAUUAUCUAUACCAUCUCCCAUCCAAACCUGAUGAAGCCUCUCUUCCCCGUCAUCCUCCGAGCCGUCCUCACCUCGGUCGGAGUCCUGGGGGCCAUGUUCAUCUUCACCUACCUUCCUCAGGUCGCCGUGUUGGCUUUCGUUACCGGGCCUUUGGCUUUCAUCGGAGCCGUUCCCCUCGUUCUCGGAGAGAGCUAUAUCAUCAUCAUGUUCCUCACCAGGACCUACCUGAUCGGACAAGCUAGUACCGACCUUUUCGACGCUGUCCUGCUCUCAAAGAACCACCGUGAGCUCGUCCAAAAAGGCCGACUCUCCUCGGCCCAGACUUCUUCCGGUGGAAAGAUUACCAAGCUCGGCAAGGCCAUCACCAAGCCCAUCGGAGGGAAAUGGUUCAUGAGCGUAGACGGCAUCGUCCGAUACGUUCUCAGUUUGCCUUUGAACUUUAUCCCUGUUGUGGGAACGGUCUUCUUCUUGGGCUACAACGGUUCCAAAGCCGGUCCCUCGUACCACGACCGUUACUUCCAGCUCAAGGGAUACGACAAGGAGAAGAGGAAACAGGUCAUCAACCAACGUCGAGGAGCCUACACCGCCUUCGGAACCGUCGCCAUGGCCCUGAACAUCAUCCCCAUCGUUUCGGUCGUGUUCACCCUGACCACCGCCGUCGGAGCUGCUCUCUGGGCUUCCGAGCUGGAGAACAAGAGCAAAGGCAAGACCGGUUCUGCCGAGGUGGAGAGGGAGACUGAAGUCACGCUGGGUAAUGAUUAUGGAAAGAAGGAGGUUGGUGGGAAGAAGGAGUUGUAAAGCGCACGCCGGGAAGAAAAUUCACGACAAGUAGAGAACAAUUCGGGGUGGAUACGGGGGUACAUCGAAGUUGAAAAUGGGAGAGGGGGGAAGGGAGAAAUGGGAUAUAUUCAGAUAUAAUUUCUGGUCAAUGAUACAUGAACCUAUGGAUCCAGGGCGGA